AUGUCUGGCCAGGAAAAAAGUGAGGAUAUAUUGGGUCAAAGAGCAGACAGAUGCAUCUCUGACCUAAUAAUAAAGACAGGUACCCUUUUAGCGUCUUGCAUCCAUAUUCUCGUUCUAGGUGCCGGUAUCUCAGUUGGCAUUAUCUUUUCAGUCCUCUUCGCUAAACGUAAGUUUUUUUUGAAUUAUUGCUGAUGAUGCGUCUGCAGGUCGUUCUUGGCCGGUCAUUUUCGGAACUGGUUUUGGUCUCGGCAUGGGACUAUCGAACUGCAACAGCGAAUUCAAGCAGCCAUUCCCUCUGCAGUCUCACUACAUUAGGGUGCAAAAUAGACCAGAACUCCAAAGUGAAUGA